CCCAGCACGGGUUGGAACCGGACCAUGUGAACCCACGAGGGAAGCCGUGCUCUGCUUGGUUUGCGGUGUGAAACCGUGAAAACCGUGUGAAAACCUACUGAGCCAAGCAAAUAGAUCUAAGGGGAAAAAAGAAGGUUGCGACGGCCGACGGCUGCUGCGGACGGCGGCCGACGGCUGCUGCAGCGGCUGCGUCGGACGGCCGCGGACAGGGGGCUGCGGCGGACGGUGGCCGACGGCUGCUGCAGCGGCUGGGUCGGACGGCGCGGACAGGGGCUGCGGCGGACGGCGGCGGCGGCGGCUGCGGCGGACGGCAUCUGCGGGGCAGCUGCAGCGGACAGCUGCGACGCCCGGCAGCCGAGACGAAGAUGCCGCGUGAGCGCGACGGCCUCGCUCGAGGUCUCGAGGUGGAGGCUGCGCUCGCUGCUGAGGCAGCAUGGGAACUGAGGGAUGCUGUUGCCUCCAUGGCUGGCUUCCAUAUGGAUGCAGACUCGACACUAGAUCUCCCCAUCGAGCUCGGCGGCGAUGGGUCGCUCUCCACUGACAAGAGUUGCCUCUUCACAUGGCUGUUUUUGGAGUUCUUCAGAAACAAGCUUAGUGGUGCACUUACAGGUUUGACACGUGUUCGGAGAUUCCAGCAGGACGAUGCUCAUGUCUUUUGCAGAGAGAACCAAACUUUAUUUGGAUAGACCAUACUUGUUUACUAUCCUCAAGAAUGAAUCAUAUCAAUGUCAUACUUUAUUCUGUGCUCAUUCUGGAUGUAUGCAGAGAGCUUUCCAUUCAUGUAUGCAGAGAGCUUUCCAUUCAGUUUAACAGUAUAAAAUACAGUGGCGAUAGCUUAAGGAAUCUGGAUGAUAUUUGUGCUCAUUCUCAA